AUGGCAACAUCCAGCCACCACCACUAUGACAGUCCCCAGAUCGAAGACGACGACGACCUGAUCGAUCCCGAUGACGCCGAUCUUAACGACUUCGACGACCCCCUCUCUAACGCACAAUCCCAGCGCGAGCCUCUCACCGGCAACAUCGCCUCGUCCUCCCGCCCCCUAAACGAAAACUUCCUCACCUCGCGCAUCCCCGGCGAGGACCGCCGCGCGCCCCAAAACACCAUCGACGAGUCCGUCUGGGACACCCUGCGCCGCGACCUGCUCGCCGUCUGGUCCAAGAUGCGCGAGGUGCUGUAUCCGCGGUACCUGUUCGGGGGCACCAUGUUCGAGAGCGCGGACGGGCUUCGCGGCGCGUAUGCGAACUUGCGCGGGGCCGGGCUGGCCGGCGCUAGGGAGGAGCUGACGAGUCUGGCGGGCAGGGUCAUGGAUCCCGAGAGCCUGCUUAAUCAGAAUAAUAUGAGCCCCGGCCUACGCGAUUGGGAUCUCUGGGGGCCGUUGGUUUUCUGCUUGGUUUUGUCGGCGCUGCUGAGUUUUUGCUCGGCCGAGGGGCAGAAGGAUGUAGUGUUUAGUGGGGUUUUUGCGAUCGUGUGGAUUGGCGAGGCGGUGGUUACGUUGCAGAUUAAGUUGUUGGGUGGGAAUAUCUCCUUCGCGCAGAGCGUCUGCAUCAUCGGAUAUACCCUAUUCCCGCUGGUCCUCGCCUCCCUCAUGUCGGCCCUCGGUCUGCCCAUGAUCCCUCGAAUCCCCGUCUACCUAGUCUUGGUCGCUUGGUCGAUGGCCGCUGGCAUAAGUAUCCUAGGCGGGAGCGGCGUUGUCAAGAACCGCGUUGGAAUCGCUGUUUACCCCCUAUUCGUGUUCUAUGUCGGGCUGGGAUGCCUUUGUUUCAUCAGUUAG